GCCCCAGCCAGAACGCGAGCUCCGGCCGGCAUCCAAUAAUGUACAACUCCGGCGCCGGCGAGGCGCUGCUCCUCCACGGCGACCUCGACCUGACCAUCCACGAGGCGCGCGGCCUCCCCAACAUGGACCUCCUCUCCACCUUCCUCCGCCGCCUCUGCCUCUGCCCGCCGGGGAUGGCGGCGAGCCGCGGCCGGCCUGCUGCUAGUAGCCGCUCCAUGCCCGACGACAAAAGCACCCACCACCGCCACCACCACCACCACCUCCACGGCCUCCACCGGCACCACGAGCGCCAGCCGCACGGCCACCUCCUCCACGCGACCUCCGACCCCUACGCCGCCGUGGUCGUGCCGGCGGGGCCCCACCACGAGACGACGCUGGCGCGCACCUACGUCUUCCGCAACUCCGAGGCGCCCAAAUGGGAGGCCAGCUUCCUCCUCCCGCUCGCCCACCGCACCGCCCGCCUCGACUUCCACGUCAAAGACGCCGACCCCUUCGGCUCCGACCUCAUCGGCACCGCCUCCCUCCACGCCGCCGACAUCCUCGCCACCGCCGGCAAGCCCGACCGCUCCGAAUGGUGUCUCAAUCUCGCCCGCCCCGACGGCCGCGGCCGGCGCCCGAUGCCGUUGCCGGGCUCCACCAUCCGCAUCUCCGCCAGGUUCGUCCCGGCGGCGAGGAUCCCGGCGUUCUGGCGCUCAGGUAGCGGUGGGGUCCCGGCGUACUUCCCGCCGCGGCGCGGGUGCGACGUGCGGCUGUACCAGGACGCGCACGUGGCGGCCGGCGAGCUCGACGGCGUGCCAGGGGUGUUCGAGCCGGGCCGGUGCUGGGAGGACCUGUGCCUGGCAGUGCUGGGCGCGCAGCACCUCGUGUACGUGGCAGGGUGGUCGGUGUACACCAAGGUGAGGCUGCUGCGGGAGGCGAUGUCGCUGGAGAUGACGGCGAAGGCGGCGGAGAUGAGCCUCGGCGACCUGCUCAAGUACAAGUCCCAGGAGGGCGUCCGGGUCCUGCUCCUCGUCUGGGACGACAAGACCUCACACGACAACUUCUUCCUCAGAACGAGAGGGGUGAUGCAAACGCACGACGAGGAGACGAAGAAGUUCUUCAAGCACUCGUCAGUGAUCUGCGCGUUGUCUCCGAGGUACCCGAGCAGCAAGCUCAGCAUGGUGAAACAAAAGGUUGUGGGGACGCUGUUCACGCACCACCAGAAGUGCGUGCUCAUCGACACGCCGGCGUCCUCCGACAGCGCCCACCGCCGGAUCACGGCGUUCCUCGGCGGCCUCGACCUCUGCGCCGGUCGCUACGACACGCCCGGCCACUCGCUCUUCCGCGGCCUCGACACCGUCUUCCACGGCGACGUCCGCAACCCCACGUUCGGGGGCGGCGCGGCGGCGGAGGGCCCCCGGCAACCGUGGCACGACAUGCACUGCCGCCUGGACGGCCCGGCGGCGUACGAUGUCCUGACCAACUUCGAGCAGCGGUGGAGGAAGGCCACCAAGCUCCGGGAGGUGUUCGGCAAGGCGUCGCACCGCCGGAAGGACGACUCCCUGCUCAAGCUCGAGCGCAUCUCCUGGAUCCUCAGCCCCUCCGCCGCCGGCGGUGCCACCGACGACGAGCAGCGAGCCCUGCACGCCUUGCCGGAGGGCGACCCCGAGUGCUGGCACGCGCAGGUGUUCCGGUCGGUGGACGCCGGAUCGGUGAAGAGGUUCCCGCGCCCCUGGGAGAGAGCAGAGAUGGAGCGGCGCCACCUGCUGUGCGACAAGAACCUCGCCGUGGAGCAGAGCAUCCACACGGCGUACGUCGCGGCGAUCCGGGCGGCGGAGCGCUUCGUCUACAUCGAGAACCAGUACUUCAUCGGCUCGUCGUACGCAUGGCCGUCGAACGGUCACCCGGGCGCCGCCAACCUUGUCCCCAUGGAGCUCGCGCUCAAGGUCGCCGGCAAGAUCCGCGCCGGCGAGCCGUUCGCGGCGUACGUCGUGAUGCCCAUGUGGCCCGAGGGGGACCCCCGCUCCGCCCCCGCCCAGGAGAUCCUCUUCUGGCAGAGCCAGACCAUGGAGAUGAUGUACAGGGUCAUCGCCGCGGAGAUUGACGAUAAAGGGCUCAAGGACGCGCACCCGCAGCAGUUCCUCAACUUCUACUGCCUCGGCAACCGGGAGCCGCCGCCGGAGGAGGUCGGCGGCGGCGACGACCCCGCGGCGAUGGCUCGGAGGCACCGGCGGUUCAUGGUGUACGUGCACUCCAAGGGGAUGAUCGUGGACGACGAGUACGUCAUCGUCGGCUCCGCCAACAUCAACCAGCGCUCGCUGGCCGGGUCGCGCGACACGGAGAUCGCCGUCGGCGCCUACCAGCCGCACCAAGCCGGCCGCCGGCCACGGGGCAAGGUGUUCGGGUACAGGAUGUCGCUGUGGGAGGAGCACCUGGGGAAGGAGGUCGUCCGGCAGUGGCCGGAGGCGGUGCGGCGGCCGGAGUCGCGGGAGUGCGUCGCCCUGGUGAACGGCGUCGCGCGGGAGAACUGGGAGAGGUACACGGACGACACGGGGCGGGCCGGCGAGCUACGAGGACACCUCAUGAGGUACCCGGUGCUCGUCGGCGCCGACGGCAGCGUUGGGGUGUUGCCGGGGCACGAGACGUUCCCGGACGUCGGCGGGAGGAUCCUCGGGUCCCCCAACAACCUGCCGGAUUACCUGACAAUGUAGCCGUGUGUAGGUCACAAGAGCGCUCACAAUGCAUGCUUCAAUGCAGCACAACCUACGACUGCAUAUGACUUUUUUUCCUUU